AUGAGGGAGCUGCAGCUCCUGCACUUCUCAUUCUUCCUCAGCAUCUACCUGGCUGCCCUCCUGGGCAAUGGCCUCGUCAUCACAGCCAUAGCCUGUGACCACCGCCUCCACACCCCCAUGUACUUCUUUCUCCUCAACCUCUCCCUACUCGACCUUGGCAUCAUCUCCACCACUGUCCCCAAAUCCAUGGCCAAUUCUCUGUGGGACACCAGGGCCAUUUCCUACUCAGGAUGUGGUGCUCGAGUCUUUCUGCUUGUCUUCUUGUUAGGAGGAGAGUGUUCUCUUCUCACAGUCAUGGCCUAUGACCACUACGUUGCCAUCUGCAGACCUCUGCACUAUGGGACACUCAUGGGCAGAAGAACUUGUGUCAAAAUGGCAGCAGCUGCCUGGGCCAGUGGUUUUAUCAAUGCUCUCCUGCAGACUGCUAAUACAUUUUCAAUACCACUGUGCCAAGGCAACACAGUGGACCAGUUCUUCUGUGAAAUCCCCCAGAUCCUCAAGCUCUCCUGCUCAGGCUUCUACCUCAGGGAAUCUGGCCUUCUUUUGAUUAGUCUUUGUUUAGUCUUUGGGUGUUUUGUUUUCAUUGUGCUGUCCUACCUGCAGAUAUUCACUGCUGUUCAGAGGAUCUCCUCUGAGCAGGGCCGGCACAAAGCCUUUUCCAUGUGCCUCCCGCACCUGGCCGUGGUCUCCCUGUUUGUCAGCACUGGCCUGUUUGCCUACGUGAAGCCCCCUUUCCUCUCCUCCCCAGCUCUGGAUCUGGUGGUGGCUGUUCUGUACUCAAUGGUGCCUACAGCAGUGAACCCCCUGAUCUACAGCAUGAGGAACAAGGAGCUCAAAGAUGCCCUGAUGAAACUGAUUCAGCAGGUCUUAGGUCAGCAGCAAUAA